CUUUUUUAAGAGAUCGAAAGCCACAAUAUAUAAUUGCAACUGCAUCUACAACAGCAAAGGCUGAUAAAGUUAAAUAUGUUAUUAAAAAUAAUAUUGGCUCAUCAAUUAUUAAAUUUACAAGACCAAAAGUUUUUUGUAAAUAUUCACAAGCAAAAGAAGCCGUUGAUAUUAAUAAUCAG